AUGAAAUCGAAAUGUCUCUCGGCGCUAUGUCUGAUAGCGUCAGCUUCUGCAGCUGGACUGACAGGAAGAGAAUCACUGAAGCCUGAGAGUAAGAUUGCAAGGAAUGUGUUGGAAGGGAAGAGUGAAGGAUACUGCAGUCCAUCAGGACCCAUCGAAUCAACACAUUGUUUAUACGAAACAGUCGAAACACUGAAUCAUCAAUUAUUCCCUUCCCUACAUGAUCUAGUCACAUAUCCGUUUUUUAGGCAUUACAAGGUGGAUCUACAUAAGGAAUGUCCUUUUUGGUAUGAGAAUGGAUUCUGUAUGAAUAGGAACUGUGGUGUCGAAGAGGCUAAUGAGGACGAUAUACCGGAAAAGUGGAGAGCAAGAGCUUUAUCAGAAGUGCGAGUAUCGUCACCUGGUGACGAAGGUGUCUCAGGGUGCUACUUCAAAGAACAAGAUUUCUGUUAUGUAGAAGAUGAUGCUGAUCAGAAUGGACAGUAUGUCGACCUAACUCUGAAUCCAGAAAGGUUUACAGGAUACGCAGGAGAUUCAGCACAUAAUGUUUGGAGAGCGAUAUACGAAGAAAAUUGUUUUGGAUUAUCAGAAGCUUCUUUAUCUGAAUUAUCAAAAGCUUCAUCCUCAUCGGCUUCAUCGUCUUCAAACAUCAACGGAAAUGGAAUGAAGAAGAGUGAUAUAGCAAGUGCUGUGGUAGGCGCAGGAGGCAUCAGUAAAUCUUCUCCUUCAGAUAUACCUACUUGGGGAUUCAGUAAAUUAAGUGAAGGUUGGGGGACAGAAAUGGUUAAAGCCCCUCUGGAAGGUGAAGGGAUGUGUGAGGAGAAAAAGGUUUAUUAUAGGGUUAUUUCAGGUCUUCACGCAUCAAUUUCUAUCCAUAUUUGCGCAGAAUAUCUUGAUCAAACAACAGGAGAAUGGGCACCGAAUUUAGAAUGUUUCAUUUCACGAUUAGCUACUCAUCCCGAACGAUUAUCAAAUGUCUAUUUCAAUGCGGUUCUAUUACUUCGAGCAGUAGCUAGAGCUGCACCAUAUUUACAAGCAUAUGAUAUAGCUACUGCGCCGACGUUAGGAUCAGGUGUAAAAGCAGGAAGAGAAUCUGAUAAAUUAGCCAAAGAAAGGUUUGAUCAAGUGUUGAAUUUAGCAGGUGGGGAUGGUAUGUCAAAAGGUUUCGAUGAAGGUGAUUUCUUCAUGGGUGAAGAUGCUCCCAUCCUUAAAGAACAAUUUAAAACCCAUUUCCGAAACGUAUCGAGAAUCAUGGAUUGUGUGGGAUGUGACAAAUGUAGAUUAUGGGGUAAAUUACAAGUAUCAGGUAUCGGUACCGCUUUGAAGAUUCUAUUCGAAUUGGAUGAUAAAGCUUUAGAUCCCAAAAUCAACCCCGACUUACUACAACGUUCAGAGGUAGUAGCAUUGUUCAAUACUCUUCAUCGAAUAAGUGAAUCCCUAGCUGCAGUAGAAGAGUUUAGGAAGAUCUAUGCCGCUACUCAAGAAGAAGAAGUAGAGGAAAGUAAGAAAAAGCUGAAUGUGAAGAAGGCAAAGGACAAAUUGAACGAGACUAUAUCACAUCAUCCUAAAUCAGUAGAAGGAUUUUCGAUAUCUUCCAUAAUAGCUAUAAUAGCAUCCACGAUCGAAGGGUUCAGAAGAACAUGUAAAGGCUGUGUGGAAGUUGGUAUACGGACAAUAGAAGGUACUGGGUUCGGAGAGGUACUGGUAAGAAUAAAAGAAUGGUUAGGGGUGAUUGGAAAGGGAGAAUUGUAG